GUCACAGUCUCAGUUGGUUUCUGAACGGCAUUUGGGUGGUCGGGUGCUCUCCGGUAUAGUUUCUGAACGCAAUCAGGCGAGCGAUGUAAGGCAUUUAUUGGUGUGUACGUGAUAGGUGAAGGUGCAGUGCAAUUCGAUGAAGUCGUAUUAUCGUGCAAACUGUCAAAUUGAUCUGAUAUAAUAAAAUCCGGAACAUGCCAUUGUAAUCAAUAUAUAGAUAAAACACGAGGACGCAUUCCAUUAAAAAUGAUUAUCAUGAUGCCAUGGAGAAGUUUCCACUGAAGGGUACAGCGUCUUUAAAUUCUCCAAUUACUCACUCAAAUGCAAAUGCUGUUACAACAUAUCAUUCGGUUGAUGCAAAGAACAUAAAAUAUGGUGACACCAGUAAUACAGAAGAUGUACGAUUACGCACUGGCACUAUAAGACGUGAGACAAAUUUAAGUAGCGACGACGACAUGUUGGAUAUCAAUCACCACACAUCUCAUCACUCGGAUAACGUGUUAUCAGAUUGUGUUCGCAUUGAUGAUGCAUCUUCCCAUAUUUCAGUUGAUUCCGAUGAUAUACCCGGCAUUGGGCAGUAUGAUGACUUUCAUACCAUCGAUUGGCAGCGUGAUAUCGCACGAGAUCGAAUGCGACAUCGUUAUAUCGUGAAGAAGAAGCACGAUUCUAUUUGGGGUCUGAUAAAAGGAGCUCACGACGCGUGGUCCGGAUGGCUAUGCGUUUUACUAGUCGGACUUUUCACGGGAGUGGCAGCUGGUGUUAUAGAUAUUGGCGCUUCCUGGAUGACAGAUCUGAAAUUUGGCAUCUGUCCACAAGCUUUCUGGCUAAAUAAAGAGCAGUGUUGUUGGAGUUAUAAUGAAACUACGUUUGACGGUGGAAAUUGUUCACAGUGGUGGACGUGGCCCGAAGUAUUCAAUCAAUCAAAAGAGGGUGCAGGGCCUUACACUAUUUCAUACUUAUUUUAUACAGCAUGGGCCCUUCUGUUUGCAGCACUCUCUGCGUCUCUAGUGAGAAUGUUUGCACCCUAUGCAUGUGGCUCUGGUAUACCUGAGAUAAAAACUAUUUUGAGUGGUUUUAUUAUCCGUGGAUAUCUCGGUAAAUGGACGCUGAUCAUCAAGUCAGUAGGUCUGAUUCUUUCUGUAUCAGCAGGCUUAAGCUUGGGAAAGGAAGGUCCCAUGGUCCACAUUGCAUGUUGUAUAGGAAAUAUAUUUUCUUAUCUAUUCCCGAAGUAUGGUAGAAAUGAAGCGAAAAAGAGAGAAAUCUUAUCUGCAGCUGCCGCGGCAGGAGUUUCUGUUGCUUUUGGAGCUCCGAUUGGUGGCGUUCUAUUCAGCUUAGAAGAGGUCAGCUAUUAUUUUCCAUUGAAGACUUUAUGGCGAUCGUUUUUCUGCGCUUUAAUAGCUGCUUUCGUGCUACGUUCCAUAAAUCCAUUUGGAAAUGAACAUUCAGUAUUGUUUUAUGUAGAGUAUAAUAAACCUUGGAUAUUCUUUGAACUAAUUCCUUUUGUAAUGCUCGGUAUAAUUGGAGGAGUAAUAGCGACAUUGUUUAUCAAAGCAAAUUUGUUCUGGUGCCGAUAUCGUAAAACUUCAAAAUUAGGACAAUAUCCCGUCACUGAGGUGUUAAUCGUAACAGUGGUAACAGCGGUAAUAGGAUAUCCCAAUCCGUACACAAGGAUGAAUACCAGUCAACUCAUUUACUUGUUGUUUAGUCAGUGCGGCGUAUCAAACGCGGAUAUGUUAUGCGAUUACAAUAGGAACUUCACCGCCGUAAAAUCUGCGAUUGAAAUCGCCGCGGCUGGCCCAGGAGUCUACAAAGCGAUAUGGCUGCUCGUACUGGCGCUGAUAUUGAAACUCAUUAUGACGAUAUUCACGUUUGGCAUGAAAGUGCCAUGCGGUUUGUUUAUUCCGUCCCUGUGUCUGGGAGCGAUAAUGGGUCGUAUCGUGGGUAUAGGCAUGGAACAGCUUGCUUAUAAUUAUCCACACAUAUGGAUGUUCAGCGAGGAGUGUUCGAUGGGUGUGGACUGUAUAACGCCUGGGCUGUACGCGAUGGUCGGAGCCGCCGCUGUUCUCGGUGGCGUGACGAGAAUGACGGUCUCGUUAGUCGUCAUUAUGUUUGAGUUGACGGGCGGCGUGCGGUACAUUGUACCUCUAAUGGCCGCGGCCAUGGCGAGCAAAUGGGUCGGCGAUGCGCUUGGAAAACAAGGCAUUUACGACGCCCAUAUUGGUCUAAAUGGAUACCCGUUUCUGGACAGCAAAGAUGAAUUUCAGCAUACAACUCUGGCGGCGGAUGUCAUGCAACCUAAGCGGAACGAGGCUCUUCACGUUCUUACUCAAGAUUCAAUGACGGUCGAGGACGUGGAGAAUUUGCUUAAAGAAACGGAGCAUAACGGUUUUCCUGUUAUAGUUUCUAAGGAAUCUCAGUAUCUCGUUGGUUUUGUUUUACGGCGAGAUCUUAAUCUUGCCAUCGCCAAUGCCAAGAGAAUGAUCGAGGAUAUUAGCAGGCAAUCAUUAGUCAUAUUUACAAACGGAAAUAACAUCCAAAGCCAUUCGCCUCCACCUUUGAAGUUGAAGAAAAUCUUAGAUAUGGCCCCCAUCACCAUCACAGAUCAAACUCCUAUGGAAACUGUAGUUGAUAUGUUUAGGAAAUUAGGAUUACGCCAAACUCUCGUUACACAUAACGGACGACUUCUAGGAGUGAUUACGAAGAAAGAUGUUUUGAGGCAUGUGAAGCAGCUCGAUAACGAGGAUCCAAAUUCCGUUUUAUUUAAUUAAACAAUGCCGCUGCGACAGCCAAUUUGAGAGACGCUUAAUUCAAUGCAUAAUAAUAACGAUAUAUACAGAAAUAAUUUAUAUAAAUUCAAUUAAAAUUAUGUAUUUUUGCCUUCUCCGUCAAUCUAUCUGCACACUUAAAUUAUUACACUGUAUGUAAGUAGAAAGAAGAAUAUAAGCGUGCAAUAGACUUAGACUAUUAAAUUUGUAUAAUUUUUGUUUGAACAAAAUAGGAAUCUUAAAAUUUUAUUAAUCCUGAUCGUACUCCGAUUAGAGCUGAAUUUUAUUUUCUGUAUUGUCGAUAAAUGAUUACUACAUUGACAAUUGGUGUUAUAC